AUGGUGGGUAACACCAUCUUGUCUUUGUGCCACAAAGACACAACCUUUAACCAUUUGAGGCAAAUUCACUCACUCCUCAUUACCCUUGGGCCUUCAGAAAACGCUUGCUUGUUUCCCAAGCUUCUGAAUUGCAUUGCACCCACCUCUAAGCCUAGCCAUUUAAGCUAUGCUUCCUUCCUCAUUGACCAUGUACAAGCACCACCCACCACUCAACUAUGGAACUCCUUCAUCAGUGCAUUUUCCAAGACCUCAGAGCCUCACAGGUCCCUUGUUUCGUAUUCUACAAUGCGCCGAAAUGGGGUUGUUCCAAACCAGCACACAUUCCCAUUGCUGCUCAAGGCGUUUCCCAAGCUGAAACAUACAGACCCGUUUCAGUAUUAUGGUCAGACAAUCAAGUUUGGAUGGAAUAUGGAGCAGUUUGUUGUGAAUACGUUUAUAUCUGUGUUGUUUGGCUGUGGGUACUUGGAGGCUGCACACCAGGUGUUUGUUGAAAGUACUGUGAAGGAUGUGGUUGCUUGGACGGUGUUGGCUGAUGGGUUUCUCAAAUAUGGUCGUGGUUUGGAAGCAAUGAGGUGUUUUGUGGAGAUGAGAUUGGAGGGGAUUAGGUUCGAUGAGAGGACUGUUGUCAGUGCUCUUUGUGCUGCUGGAAUGGUGGGUGAUGAACGGUUUGGGCGGUGGGUUCAUGAGUUUUAUGUGGAAACAGGCAGGGUGAAAUGGGAUGACUAUGUUGGUAGUGCUCUUGUUGAUAUGUACAUGAAGUGUGGCUGUCAUGACGACACUCAGAAAGUGUUUGAUGCCAUGCCGAGUAGAAAUGUGGUGUCUUGGAGUGCGUUGCUAGCUGGUUAUGUGCAGUGUGAGAAAUUUAGAGAUGCAUUGCUUGUCUUGAAAUGUAUGGUUUUGGAAAAUGUCAAGCCUAACCAAUCUACAUUGUCGAGUGCGCUCACCUGUUGUGCGCACCUAGGGGCAUUGGAUCAAGGAAAGUUGAUCCAUGGCUAUAUGUAUAGGCAUCAAGUACAAGUGAACACGUUUCUUGGAACAGUGUUAGUAGAUAUGUAUGCUAAGUGUGGGUGCAUUGAUAAGGCUCUAUCUGUUUUCAGCAAACUGCUCAGCAAGGAUGUAUUUAUAUGGACUGCUAUGAUUAAUGGGUUGGCAUCACAUGGGGAUGCUUUAGGGGCUUUGAACUUCUUUUCGCUGAUGUUAGAGAGUGGAGUUCAACCGAAUGAAGUAACCUUCAUGGCUGUUCUUAGUGCCUGUGCUCAUAGAGGCCUUGUCGAAGAGGGACGCAAAACGUUUAAAUCAAUGAAGCAAGUUUUCCAUUUGGAGCCAUAUAUAGAUCACUACGGAUGUAUGGUCGAUUUACUUGGCAGGGUCGGGUACUUGGAGGAAGCCAGACAAAUGAUUGAGGAAAUGCCAAUGGUGCCGACAGCUUAUAUAUGGGGAGCUUUCCUUAAUUCCUGUGUGAUUCAUAAGAAUUUUGAGCUAGGUGAACUUGCAGGGAGUCAUUUGAUCAAGCUAGAUUCCAAUCACGGUGGUGGACACUACGUACUUUUGGCGAAUUUGUAUUCAAAAUGGAAGAAAUGGAAAGUAGCUGCUGGCAUUAGGAAGCUCAUGAAAGGGAAAGGUGUUGAAAAAAUACCAGGUUGUAGCUGGAUAGAAGUCAAUGGUGCAAUGUUCGAGUUCGCAGCGUUUGACAAAUCACAUUCUGAAUCAGAUCGUAUAUAUCUGAUGUUGGAAAACAUGCUUUUGCAGUUGAGACUCUCUGGUUAUGUCCCCGACACUAACCUACUAGCAUCUUGACUUUGCUGAGAUCUCAUACAUAAGUAUCAUACACUAAAUCCC